GCGGCGUGCUGGGCGGCGCGGCUUGUUUACUCUGCCUCUUGUGCUCUGUGACCCUCUUAGUCGAUAUCUUGGCAAGUUCACCGUGAGAUUUUUACACUCUUGUCCUUAAUAUCGUGCCUGAGGAAGGCAGACGAAGAUGGUGAGUCUGUAAUCUACUCGUGGCCCUUCCCACCUGAGCGUGCCCCGCCCCGCCCCGCACCCCCUCACCUGUCCUCCCUGUGCCUCACAUGCCGGGCCUCCGGGGGCCAUGCAUGCCCGCCCAACGGUACCUCCCCGCCUCUGAGGCUACAGCGUGGGAGUGACCUGCCCGUGCCUGCCGGCCUAGGGUCACCCCGGCCCCAACACCUGGUGACCCUCGGCCGCCACUGCCAGGCCCUGCACCCAGCACUCUUCACUGGUCACAGGUCAUAGUGAUGGCUCCCGCUGCCUUGCCGGGGCAGAGACACAGACCCUCAGUUAAGAGUGUAAACAAGAACAACCCGUGUGUUGGUAUUCUCAAGGGAUGUCAGUUUUAUGUGACAGUGGACCUCCAGACAUUGGACUGUGUGAGAAAUUGGGAGAGGCAACAAUUUGUCAAACUGUGAGUGCAUUGUGGUGGUGGGAGCAGCCGGCCCUAUGCUGCACCUUGGUGAGCAGGGGGAAAGAAGGGGAGGGGACCAACUGGUAUGCAUGGCUGACGAGGACGGUGCCAUGCCGGGGGGCCGCCGGAAGUCCCGCAAGCCGCAGAAAUGGGAGGACUUUGUAGCAGACGAGGAGCAGCUAGCAUGUCUGGAACAGGAACUGGAGCAGGAGGAAGUGGCAAGGAUGCAGAGUGUGGAGGAUGGACAGGACUCUUCUGAUGGAGAGAUGAACCUGGAGAUUGUGGUGGAGGAAGAGGAGAACAAAUCCAUCAAGAAGGAAGAGGAGGAGGAGGAGGAGGACAAGGCAGGAGUGUUGGGGGAGAAGAAAGAUGGUGUACAAAAGGAGAAUGGGGAGGGUGGUAAGGAGGCAGCCGUGAAGGGGGAGGAGCAGCCGUCCACACUCCCCACCACCAGUGCUGUGGGGGACUGCACCACCUGUGGCAUCCAGCUAAGAGACUGGCCAUCCACAUACAGCCAUCUACGUUUCCACCGGCUGUCUCAUGUUCCUGACUGCGUCUCCAAAUUACCUGCAGCUGUUCAGACUAAGAGAAUCACAUGUCAGGUGUGCCAGAGGAACUGCCAGACGAGGGAGGUGCUGGCUUACCAUGCGUACACUGAGCACUACGUCAAGCUGAAGGAGGCCAAGAUGUGCCCCUUCUGCUGCUCCUCAUUUACCUGCCUUGAUGACUUCUUGGACCACCUUGAUAUCACAAACAUCACUUUCCACUGCGAGAUGUGCGGGUUGACAGUGUCGCAGGAGCACAAGUUCUACCAGCACAUUGUUUAUUGCAGCAAAAAGCACCACUUGGGCCUGACUUCUCUUGCAUGCUGUGUGUGUGGUGUUGUCACUAAAAUCAACCGACUGUAUGACCACCUGACCCAACACAGCACGCAGCUCAAUCUACCCCGCCACCUCUCAAGCCCCAAUAAGGUAAAACGUGUGGUGGAGCCCUGCAUCCCCAAGCAACAGACUCGCUUCCGUCCAUUUCUGUGUGAGAUGUGUAACCGGCAGUUUGUGGUGUACAGCGAGUACAGGCGUCACCUCCACUCGCACACUAAGUCCCGCUCAUACAUGUGUACUCACUGUGGCCGCAGUUACUGCCAGAAAAACACCCUCAUUGUGCACCUAUAUCAGUACCACAAUGCCUCUCCCAAUGCAGAGGAGGUGACACCCAGGGGGGAACAGACACAACGGAGAUGUGAGGCGUGUGGCUGUGUCGGGUUCACAAAUGAGGAGCUGCUGGUGCGUCACUGUGUCAUGCGCUGCCCCAAGAGGAACAACCUACAGGCAUCCUUUGCAGUCAUCAUUGCCAGCAUUGCAAAGAAUCAAAAUAGCAGCUUUGUGGAAACCCUGCACAGUCCAGCCAUGGUCACCUACCUCAAGCUGGGGCUGGAGGCUUGGCAGACCCCUGCAUGUGUCAGAAACUACCUAGAAUCUCUUCAGCCUGCAGCUUCACACAGCCCAGCCAUGGACCUCAGCACCACUAACCUCACCUCCAUCACUGCUGACCUCACCACCAACAACACCAACACCAGUCGCAAGGAUUCAGUUGAGUUUACUGACAUACAACUUCUGGCUUACCUCACUCAGUUUGAGGAAAAGAAUCGACAAGAUAAAGAAAUAUCAAUGGUUGUAAGCCGCAAAGGAAAGAGUGAGAAGGAGCAGGAGGAGGCAAAAUCACUCCAGAUGGAAGAGAUGGAAGAAGAAAUGGAAGAAGGUGGAGGGGAAGAAUCAUUACUGCCUUUCUUGUGCACCACCACCACCACUCUAACCUCUCCCCCCACCAGCUCCUACAGCCCCGCCCUGACUUUCCCCAUCAACACCAAGCCACAGAUUAACCACACCUCACUAAUGCAACACCUGCGCAGGGGUGCUGAAAGACGUGGGGGCAACUAUGGACAGGGUGAAGGUCAGGGAGAGAGGGUCAACCCAGUGGACAUCUGUCUGGUGACCUCUACAACCAACACACAGGUCACCAUCACCCCAGCAGGCCACCACCUCACGCAGGACAUUAAACCCCCAAAGAUAGCCAAUGCACUGCCUCACAAACCCUCGGUGGCAGAGAUCAAAGCACAGUACCCGGGAGUCACAGUGCUGAGUGAUGUGGACUUCACUCGAAUACCCUUCCUACUGAUGGAGAUGAGGGAGAACAUGAGUGACAGGAUUGAGAGGGCAAUGGAGGCAGCUGGGUUUACCAUGCAAGACAUGCAAAGGCUUGAGGUGGAGGCCCAGCUGUUGCGGGAGGCCGAGCCAUUCUACCUUGAGGAUGACCCCAUCAAAGAGGAGGAUGGGAAAGCUGUUCCCACUUGCCCUCCCAGCCCCUCCACCAUCCAGCGCCUGACUGCAGAGAUGAAAGAAAUGUUCUACAGUAAUGGAGAGGAAAAUUCUCAGUACUCCUCACCCUUAAGUCCAGCGUCUUUUCAUAACAAAACAAAAGAGGAAAAUGGUCAUGAUGUCCCACAAGGAAGCACAAACUCUCAUCAUCACUCCCCACUCAGGAAAAAGAGCAAGAAAGACCCAGAAGCUCCAAGUCCAGUUCCUGAAAAGUGCAAUGGUGAUAAUGCAGGAAAUGGUCCUCUAGCAUCCACUUCAGGGGCACAUGAGUCCUUUCCCCCCAAGUACUUGUUAGAGUGCUUGCUGAAGGAAGCACAGACAUUGGGAGAAAGCUAAGUGGGUGGCUGCUGUGUGCAGACUUUCAUGUGUUCAAUCCUUUUGACAGGAAGUGUCAACAGACCUGAGCUUUCAUGGUAACUUAGCAUUUGCCCUGUUGCUUUAUUUUUUAUCACUGCCCAUUUUUUAUUUGGAUUAGUUCAUCAAUAGUCACCCAUUCAUUUUUAGUAAUUGUUAAGAACAAGUUUGAACCUGUAAUUUUUAAUAUUUUCCAUAAUUCUUUUACUUAACACUAGUAAUAGACACCAGAACCCUAAAAACAACUGUAAUCAGUUAAAUUUCUGGGGUGUCAUGGAGAACAGAGCCACUCCGAAGAGAGGUCAUAAAUAUAUAUUUCGCACCAGUGGA